UAAAUGUUGCUUGUAUUUUUCUGUUUGGUCAAGUUAAUAUUUUGCAAACCUUAAAGUGGUGGUGUCAAUAAGAUUUUUAUUUUAUUUUUUUAAAGAUUUAAACAGCUACUCGUGGCUGCUCAGUGCUGCUGCCGAUAUCAGUCGCUGCCACCUGCAUAUCUGACGGUUGGGCAACUGGGCGGGAUUAACUGUUGUCCAAUCGAAAUCGAGAAAAGCUUGACAAGCUUUGAGCUCAACGAAUAGCUGAGCCGCUGGUCCCCGUGGUGGGCGGUGCUUCUGUGGCAGUGACUCUAUUCAAUAUGGAGUACAGAAAAUAGCCUGAUUCACUCUGCAUUUCACUGCUAACACACAGAUUUCCAGCAGUUUUGCCACACGGGCACCGUCUACAAAACCUCCCUCGCAGAUGCCAGCCGACAGGACUCGUUAACGUGUUUUUUGGACUUUAGCUAGUUCGAAUGUAUUCCGCUAAUUACUUCACAACAACCGCUGUGACACUUUUUUAAAAACUACGAGUUUCCACGAAAACGCUCCACCGUAGCUCCUGUCGACGAGGACGGCGUCAAGUUGACGGUAGUUUCCGAUAAACUUCGCAGCUCAGAAGUUGUGCCGACCGGCGGGGUUAUCGGGUGAAAGGUGACAUCGCUUCAGUGUACUGACUCGUAGGAAUGCACAAUGCGGCGAGUGUCUCAGCCUCUCUGGGGUCCGUGGGACUGUUGCGCCUCUUCGGGGUGUCCUGGCCCUGGAGUCUGGUAGCAGGCCUUGGGGUUUAUCUGGGCACUAAAACCUGGAAAUACUUCUACAUUGCAGCACGCACUGCCAAGAGGGACCUCAAUGGCCUGUAUGUGCUGCUCAGAGUCAAGGUGGCUUUGUGGCGUUACAUGCGCCAGGGAAGCAAUAUCCCUUCCAUUUUCGCCCAGACAGUAAAACUCCACCCAAAUAAACCAGCACUGAUCUAUGAGGCCACAGGGGAAACGUGGACCUUUGCACAGCUGGACGAGGUCUGUAAUGCAGUAGCCCACUGGGCCAGAGGUCAAGGGUGGGUCUCCGGGGAUGUGGUGGCCCUCUUCAUGGAAAGCAGGCCCUUACAGGUGGCGCUUUGGCUGGGCUUGGCCAAGGUUGGGGUGGAAGCUGCGCUCAUCAACUUCAGCCUCCGCUGUGAUCCCCUUCUGCACUGCAUUGGGGUAUCGGGGUCAAGGGCGAUUGUGUUCGGAGCUGAACUUGCUGAUGCCAUGAUGGAGGUCAAUUCCGCCAUCAACCAGUCCAUGGUACGGUUUUGUACUGGAGACCUCAGUGCAGAACGUUUGGCAUCUCUGGGUGCUCAUCCUCUAGACCCAAUUUUAGCCACUGCCUCAAGACACCCCCCUUCACCUUGUGUUCCCUCCAAAGGCAUGAAUGAUCGCCUGUUUUAUAUUUACACCUCUGGGACUACAGGACUGCCCAAGGCUGCCAUUGUGGUACACAGUCGCUACUACAGAAUUGCUGCUUUUAGCUAUUUUGCCUUUCGCAUGCGCCGUGAUGACGUUGUCUAUGACUGCCUGCCUCUUUAUCAUUCAGCAGGUAACAUCAUUGGAGUUGGUCAGUGUCUGAUCCAUGGCCUCACUGUGGUUGUGAAGAAGAAAUUUUCUGCCAGCCGCUUCUGGGAAGAUUGCACUAAGUAUAACUGCACUGUGGUGCAGUAUAUUGGAGAAAUCUGCCGCUACCUUUUGUCUCAGCCGGUGCGGCCAUCUGAGAGGGGCCACAAAGUUCGGCUGGCAGUGGGAAACGGCCUGCGCCCCAGUGUGUGGGAGGCCUUCACGGAGCGUUUUGGAGUGGCGCAGAUUGGCGAGUUCUACGGAGCAACUGAGUGCAACUGCAGCAUUGCCAACAUGGAUGGCAAGGUGGGAGCUUGCGGGUUCAACAGUCGCAUUCUUCCCAAUGUGUACCCUAUCCGUCUGGUGAGGGUUGAUGAGGACACCAUGGAACUUGUUCGGGACAAUCGAGGCCUCUGUGUACCUUGCCGCCCUGGGGAGCCAGGGCUUCUGGUAGGUCGCAUCAACCAGCAGGACCCAUUACGGCGUUUCGAUGGCUAUGCUAAUCAGGAUGCUACAAAUAAGAAGAUAGCUCACAAUGUCUUCAAGAAAAAUGAUUCUGCAUAUUUAUCAGGGGACGUGCUGGUGAUGGAUGAUCUGGGCUACAUGUACUUCCGCGACCGCAGUGGGGACACCUUCCGCUGGCGAGGGGAAAAUGUCUCCACCACUGAGGUGGAGGGUAUUCUUAGCAGUCUUUUGGAUCAGACUGAUGUGGCUGUGUAUGGUGUGGCAGUGCCAGGUGUGGAAGGUAAGGCGGGUAUGGCUGCGAUUGCAGACACUACAGGGACUUUUGACUGCAACAGUUUCUUAAAGAACAUCCAGCGAGCUCUUCCUUCUUACGCUCGCCCUGUGUUCCUGCGAAUCUCCCCACAUGUAGACACCACAGGUACAUUUAAAAUCCAGAAAACCAGGCUGCAGCGGGAGGGAUACGACCCACGACUCACAACUGACCAGAUCUACUUGUUGAACACGAGAGCUGCACAAUAUGAGGCUGUGGACGAGGAGCUAUACAAUGCUAUAUCAGAGGGAAGAAUGUCUCUAUGAAAUGGAGGCCGUUGCAGGGCAGGCAGGGUGUCUUAGUUUAACAAUUGCUGUUGAAAGUUGGACUAACGUAUGCAUACGGCACUGUCUGCAUCACUUAGUUUGGUGCGCACUUUGGCUGGACUAUAACCUUUCAGGGAACAGAGUUGAGAGGACUACUUACAUAGGCUGUUACAGACGAUGUUUUAACACUGUAUAAGUAACACACAAAGACAUGAUGUGAAGGCAUUUAUACCCUUUUAAUAGCUUGUUUUUGAUCAUUAAGCAAACACCUCAUAAAGCCUUGGAGCGUCACCGCACAUAGAGUGGAUAUCCUCCACAACCAGUUUCAAGUAGGAUAUGUUACAGUAAUGUUACUAGGACAAGAAGGGGUAGUAUCAAGUCAAACUUUGUUACAGGGUAAGUACCCCCUUUAUGAAAUAUGCUGAAAGGUUAACUUGGUGUAGGUUUAAACAAUACUAUUGUGUUGCAGCUGUGUGUUUGAAUGAGGAUGAGAUUGGACUUCAACAUGCAGUAUGUGAGGCUACUAGUUGAAACACUAACCAUAGAGUCUUUAAGGUUUUUAAUGCAAUGGAAAACUAAUCCCACUUGUCAGGUAUGAACCUCACGGGCACGGGUUGGCAAAUACACAAACAUUGUUACUGUAUGUGCCUUUUAUCAAACUCCAGAUCUGUUUCUUUUUUCUUUCUUUCUUUUUUAUGCUUUUUUCAGGAAGGAAGGAGCUCAAAUGAAUGUGGAAAUCACAGUACUGAUUCUGUGUUAUGCAAAGCUGAGUCACACAUAAUGACAUGUCAUUUUAUGUAACAAACCUUUUCAUUGUAUUAAUAUAUAGGUGUUUAGGGAUUGUGAAGAUAUUUGCAAUCUUGGACCUCCCAGAUUACAUUGUUUUGAUGUAACACAAAUUAAAUAUUUUAAAAUCA